UGCAGUAAAAUUGCGCAUGGCCGACUUUGUGGCGCAAAUUUUAGAAUUUUGUUAAAAUUUUAUAAAGAAAUGCUUGAAUUUACUAAAGUAUUUUUAAUAGUUUUUUUAUUCACUUCACUCUCUUUUUUUCUUUUUAAACUUAUCUCCUAUCAAAUUUCGUCUGUUUUUAAUCUUUCUUUUUUUCAUUUGAGGCUGGCACAUAACCUUUUAUUCUUUGAAGAUACCGCCAACUCUUAG